GGGAUGAACUUUACUAUGAGACGUCCUGAUGUUCCACCAGUCAAGUCGCUAAAUCCUCAAGUUUUAUGUCUUAAAGGGAAUUUGCGUGGUACAUCUCAGCUUAAUCCUAUUCAGCCACACAGUUUAUCAUACUAUAAUAGUAACCCUUCUGCCAACAAGUUGGGAAGGGAAAAUGAUUUUUGUGGUCCAAAUUUCGUAGCAUCAGGGAAACCUCUAUAUCAUGGCAACAUACAUAAAAGCGCGGACAAGGAAAAAAUGGUUAUAUCAAGCUCCAAACCUUCUUUGAAAUUUCAAAGCGUUUUCGAAAAGAAAUCUAAGGAUAGAGACAGUAUGCAACUAAAGUGCAGGGAGCAUAGUACUGGAGAUCUAGCUAAGUGCCAAAAGAGAGAACAUUGUGUUAAACUACCUGCUCCUCAUCUGUCAAAUAUAGAGAAGACAGUGGUGCAUGAAGCUCCAAGUCCAGGACAUAGCAAGCUAAAUAUUAGUAAAUCAUCUGUAUCAAGUGCUCCGGAAAAUAGAUGUGGUCUGGUAGGUGACUUGAAUAGAUGUAGUGAUUCUUAUUCUGAAUCUGAUGAAGACUCUUGGAUUCUACACAAAAGGAAGGCUGCAGAAAAUGUUACAUAUGUGAAGCAUGAAGAUGCCACGACUAAGAGAUGUGCUUCCAUAAUGGAAGAUGCGCCGUGUUCCUUUCUUCCUCACAGAGACAACCAUCAGAGUCCGAAGAGAGUUAAAUCCUCUUCUGACUGUCCUGAAGACCAGAUUAGUGGGCCUCCAGAUGUAGGAGCUGCAGACAGAAGUGAAGGAAUCUCAGAAGCUUCGUCCUUGAACUCUAGAUUAGUAGAAAAAAUGUCUUCAGAUAGUGUCAUAGCAUUGAUAGGUCAAGAACUAUUCUGGAAAACAAGAAGAACCAUUACACACCAGCAGCGGAUCUUUGCAAUACAACUUUUUGAGCUACACAGACUAACAAAGGUACAGAAAAUGAUGGCCAGAUCACGAGAUAUAUUUUUCAAAGACAACUUCUAUCUCCACCAACCUUCUAUCAAAUUUUCUUCCUUGAAGACUUUGCCAUGUCAUGAUGUUCUUGAACCUCCUGUCGUGGCUCUUGAACAAAAGAUUUCUCCAAAACCAAACAACUUUGAGCUUCCGGUAGAUAAUGUUAAUCUUCCCCUCCGCAAAGAUAAUGAUAAGAAGAAUAUACCACAGCAGUCAGCUCAAAAACUAAAUGUAGGGACACCAACAUCGAUAUCUUUUGUAUCCGAUCCAAAAUUAGCACCUCGGUCCUUCCAACCACCUCCUGGAUAUCAGUGGUUAGUUCCAAUAAGGUCACCUUCUGAAGGACUUGUUUAUAAACCUUAUACAGGACCUUGUCCACCGCCUGGAGGGAUCAUAGCGCCAGCUUAUGGUAGUUGCAGGCCUGUGACUCUAUCUCCACCAAUAGGUGGAGACUUUGCGAAUGUGCCUUAUAAUGUACCGACUUCUCACAAGCAAGGUGUUGGGAUUUUUCCUGGUCCUGUAAUCUUUGAUCCGUCCUGCAUUCAACCUUACUCCAUGCCUGUGGUAAAGCCAUCUGCUUCAAGUUCAGCUAUCGAGCAAAUGAAUCCACUUUCCAGAAUCAGGUCAAGUGAGAAGGAGAAUAGUCCAUUUAUGCAUGAUGCCAACUUAGUUAGGCCUCAUCAAAAAUCACGCAACAUAUCAUUCCAGAAGAGCGCGGUCAUGUCAGAUUGUGAUCGAAUUAUUCAGGCGGAUAGAGGGAGUGACAUGCAAGGAAGUACAGCAAGUAGUCCUCCUGAGAGGGUGCAAAAGGAUGCACUUGCUCUUUUUCCUAUCACACCAACUGCAAAAGGAUCAGAUCAACCAGUUCAAGAUAACGACACGGAGCAGCAAAUUCAAGUGAUCAAGGUUGUGCCCCAUAACCCAAAGUCAGCAUCUGAAUCUGCAGCUCGGAUUUUUAGGUCUAUACAAGAAGAAAGGAAAAUGAAUUACUAGUAUGCAAAACCUUACAACUUAAUCUUGUAAGAAAAGCCCUUUCUGUUGUAUGUUUUCCCUUAUCUAAAUUUCCUUCAUUUUUUAGUUUUCCUCUUGGAUUAAAGAUUCUUUACUGUAUAUAUAUUCAAUGGAAAGUGAAAAGCAAUACAGGUUCAUUCUUUUUCUACAA